CCUCUUGGAUGUUUGUGGUGGUUGCUGACAUCACUGGGCUGGUCUGCACAUGUGCCAGUGGCUUUUUGCUGUUCCAUGUAAUCAUUUCUUAUUGUACCUCAGUGCUAUGUGGCCCUCAGCUCCUCACUUUUCCUUCUGCAGCGGGCCCUGGAGAUUUCCUGAGGAUUGCUGUCGCUUGUGCUGCAAUAGAUACCGGAAAAUUGCUAAUGUGUUCCGAGGCCGACUUUCAGAUUUGUGUUACAAACAUUACAUAUGAGGUUUUAAAAGAAGGCCAUGUUGGGAAAAGUGACUGGAUUGGAGCUACAGGUCAAUGCAAACCCCCUGGCUGUGGCAUUUGGUGACCCUUUGGUGGUGAACUGCAGUACGUCAUGUGCAGGAUCUUACAUAGCAAUCGAAGGACUAAGAAAUUAUCCCAAACUGGAAAGUGAUCAAUGGGUCUCAGUUAAUAUCACAAGUAUCCACAGGUGGUCUUUCUCGAUAAUAUGUUUCGUACAAUGUGAGAAUACGACUGACAUUAAAAGAGAAGACAUAACUGUAUAUAAUCGAGAGAUAAACAUUACAGUACUCCCUGAAGUGCUGGAGAUUAACAGAACAUAUCAUCUGGAGUGCAUUGGCCCAAGAGUUUAUCCAAACAACAAACUCAUUCUCACAUGGCUAAGAGGCAGUGAGAUUAUUCAGAGAAAUUCCACAGGCGAACCAGGUUCUGUGGAUGAAGAUAAAAGGUUGAGAAAUGUCUUCAAUUUCGUUGCAAGUCGAUCAGAUGAUGGACAGGAGUACACCUGCUUGGCUGAAGUGGACUUGGGCUCUAAUACCACAAAGUCAAUCACAAACUCUUCUGUCACUCUGCAAACGUACUAUAAACCAAUCAUUACAGCUCUAUUAGCAAAUAACAAAAGUGUCUCCAAGUCUCCAGUAUAUUUCAGUAAAGGUGAAUCUAUUAUAUUACAAUGUGACUACCAAGGAAAUCCACGCCCAACACUGAAAUGGGAAUGGCCCAAACAAAGCAAUGUUGUGAUUAAUCCUUCAGGAGUUCUCUGUAUUUCUGAUGCUACAACUAAAAAUAGUGGAACAUAUAAAUGUUCAGUUAUGAACCAACUUGGAGCUGAAGAGAAGAUCGUGGACAUCAGCAUCGAAGGUAAAGCUACGAUCAUAGCUGCAGCAAGUGUAUCAGUGGUGGCUACAUUGAUCUUUGCAACAGGAGUCAUCAUUUAUUACUUGAACAAGAAUGUCAAGAAAACAGGAGUAUACAAACUACAAAAUGCAAAGCCCAACAACAAUCCACAAGUUCCCAAUGAAAACCAGUAUCAGGAAUGAUCACAACAACCUGCAAUGGACUAGAAUAUGAAACGAGAUUUUACAAUUUAAAAACAGCAUUUCUAACUACUCUGGAAAAUAUCCUGGGUUUGAGUUUGUUUGCAGGUCUCUUGUCCUAUGUCUUGUGCUUUCUGCAGAUGAUACAGGAGAACUAUGCAAAUAUUCACCUCUAAUUCUUUCUGAAUGGUGUCUUCCUUCUCUACCUCUGUAACCUUCUCCAGCUGUGACUCUCCAAGAACUUCCUUUGUUUUUAAGACUGGCUCUUGCACAUCUGCAUCUUUAUUACUUAUAUCACUAGCAGAAUCUUCUUCUAUGCAAAAGUGGGUACUGCAGAUGCUGGAGAUUAGAGUCAGGGUUAGAGUGGCACUGGAACAGCACAGCAGUCAGGCAGUAUCCGAGGAGCAGGAAAAAUCGACGUUUUGGGCAAAAGCCCUUCUUCAGGACGAUUCCCGAUGUUACAGCCAUUCUUCAGAUUGAGAUUCAGGGCACAAUAUCAACUUAGAUUUGGAGACCAAUUGGCUUUUAACACUCCCUAGGAUGGGGGGGGGGGGCACAUUUUUAAGUUGAGAGGAAAGACAUGAGAGCAAAUCUUUUGCCUCAAAUGUUGAUUUUCCUGCUGCUCGGAUGCUGCCUGACCUGCUGUGCUUUUCCAGCACCACUCUAAUCUGGACUUCCUGCCUUCUAUGUCACAUCGCUAAGGAACAGGAGACCAGGAGCCAAUGUAAUCCCUUCAGCCUGUUCUACUGUAAACUUAUUUUGAUAUCCUUGCUCCCUGGGACUCUAACAGAACCACCUUGCUGAAUUCCAGAGCUGUCAGCCUCAACAUUGACCAACCCUUUGGCCUUCUAGUGUUGGGCAUGCUCUCCACAUCUUCCAACUUAACAAAGUCAUUGGGUCAAACAGCACGGAAACAGACCUUCGGUCCAACCAGUCUAUGCCAAACAUAAUUCGAAACUAAACUCAUCCCACAGUUUCUGGUCCACAUCCUUCCAAACCUUUCCUAUUUGAGUACUUAUCCAAAUAUCUUUUAAACAUUGGAAAUGUACCCUCAUCCACCACUUUCUCAGAAAGUUCAUUCCACACACAAACCACCCUCUGCGUAAAAAACGUUGCUUCUCAUGUUUUUCCUCUCAAUUUAAAAAUGUGCCCCCUAGUCUUAAACCCUCCCCCACUCCAAUCUUAAGGAAUGUUAAAAGCCAAUUGGUCUCCAAAUCUAAGUUGACAUUGUACCCUGAAUCUCAAUCUGAAGAAUAGCUGUAACAAAUGCAGAGAAUGCUAGAGAAACACAACAGGAUCUGUUUUGAAGAAGAGCCAUACCAUAUUCGAAAGACUAACUCUGCUACCCGUUCCACUGAUGCUGACAAACCUGCUGAGUUUCACCAACAUUCUCUGUGUUUGUUUUAGAUUUCCAAUAUCCACAGCAUUGUGCUACCAAUGAAGGGGAGCUGAAUUGUCCAGGAAGACAUGAAAUAUGAACUGGUUGGGAUGUUGGCAAGACAUGGUCAAGUGAGAUACAGGACCAGGUCACAAAUCCUCCCUGCAGAUCCUUGAGUUCAUCUGUAAGAAACAUUUCACAUGUCAGACAGAGGUGUGAAGAAAGAAUUAAGAAACUUGAGCUUUUCAGGUUUGAAAGGCAGUGACUGCUUCUACAAACCAGGAUGUCAAGCUUUGCCAUGAAAUGGACAGAGAGAAACACUCAAAGGCAAAUUUAGGUCAGGUGUUGGAACCUUUUUCACAUUUAUUGAAUAGAAGUGAGGAAUAGAUGCAGCACUGAAGGAAGCUAAUGGAUGCAUCUUGUCUGUGCCCACUGCCUGUAAGAGCAGCUGAGCUCAUCCCACUCCAUUACCUUUCCCUGUUGUCCUGAAAAUGACCUUUCUUUAGUUCUCUUUAUAAAUCCAUGACUGUAUCUACCUCCAUCACAUUCUCAGGCAGCACAUUUCACAACCUCACCACACACUGACUCAUUUAGGCUUUCUCAAAUCAGUGUUAGUUACUUUGAUAAUCACAUUGAAUCAGUGGUCUCUGGUUCUGGGAUUGCAGAAAUCCAGCCUCUCUGCAUUUCUUUCAUCCAUGUGCCUCAUUACAUCUUUCUUCUUGCUACAUUGAGACUUUAGUUAUUUUCAUGAUCUUUGUUUGGUUAAUGAAACUUCACUACCUUAUCAAAAUGAUUCAUUUUGCAGGAAGUCUUUCCAAUUUCUUUGAAAAAAUUAAACAGUUCAUUGUUGAGGUACAUUAACAACAGACUCUUUAAAAGGUUAUAUUCAAGUAUCUAAUGUUGAUAGAUUUAAUUAGAAACCUUUUUCUCUCACAUAGAAACAGACCCUUCAGUCCAACUCGUCCAUGCCAACCAGAUAUCCUAAAGUAAUGUAGCCCCAUUUGCCAGC